GAGGAGAGUGCGGCCGCUUCGCCGGUGCCGCUCGGCCCUGGCUCGGGGCCAAGCGCGGCUGGAGCCGGGUUGCGGCCAGCGGGGGAGAGAAGGAGCCGACGGAGGGAGCCGCUUCCUUCCUUUCCCGCCGUCUUGUCUGCGUCCCCGCAGCCGCAGCCUGCCUCUCGUCUGGCUCGGGGCGCACCGAUGAUUCACAAGUUAAAAUUCUUCUGAGUUUCUCCAGCUUAUUGCAACAAAAUGUUUACCACAAAACCUGCAAACUGGGUUACGUUUGAAGAUGACCCUCUCUUCCAGUCUCCUCAGAAGGCAGGAGAAAGUCACAGUGCUUGCAAAUCCAAUGGGCUUAAACUCCUUCUGCCUAAGAUGCAUGAUUCGUCGAGCCGGUCGUCUUCUUCCAGCAGUAUUUCUCUCUCCUCUCCUGUAGUGGACUGCUACUUUAGCCCAGGCCCUCCUAGUAAUUCUCCUCUCUGUACACCCACCAAGGAAUAUCCUGUAAGUCCUUGCUUUCCCAAAUCAGGAGGUCACCUUUGCCCUAUCCCAGAGCUGUCAUCCAACGCCUGUGUUCUCCCAUUGACCCAGAAAACAUCUAGUACGUUCCAGAUUGACCAUUGCUCAGAGGUUUCUGCCCCAAACCGAACGGAUGGUGCAAAUACCACUCAUCGAGACAACACAAGGGAACUGGACGAUUCCAUAGAAUCACAAACCUUUUUCCAAUACGUUCAGAAUGACUGUGCUUUUUCUAGUCCAUUUUGGUCAGAAGAUUCACCUUGUGUAUCUUCUAGUAGCUUUGAAAAGAAUUGUUGUCCUUCCAAAAAAAGGGAACUCUUUCCUGAUCAGAAAAGCCUCAACCAGGGAUCGUUCAGCUAUUUUUGUGAUAGGCUUGAGCACUUGCAAACUGUUUCUGCAGAUGAUGAAAGGACUUUGACAGCCAUGCCGUGCAUAUAUGCUGGAGAUGGCUUCUCGUCAUUCAUUCCACACAGCCUCUUCACCAGCCAGAGAAAAGAUGGCUGGCCUUUCAUGUUGAGGAUUCCCGAAAAGAAGAACAUGAUGUCAUCCAGGCAGUGGGGGCCUAUAUACCUUAGGGUCUUACCUGGAGGAAUCCUACAAAUGUACUAUGAAAAGGGCCUUGAGAAGCCUUUCAAAGAAUUCCAGUUGCACCCAUUUUGCAAGCUUUCAGAACCUAAGCUAGAGAACUGCAGCAUUUCUGGGAAAAUCCAUACUGUAAAGAUUGAGCAUGUGUCUUACAUGGAGAAAAAGAAAUAUCCCAAAGCUGAAGUAGUUCAUGAACCAGAAAUAGAACAGAUGCUGAAGCUGGGGACAACUGAUUACAAUGACUUUACAGAAUUCCUGGUAAUCAUUGAGGAAGAAUUAAUGAAGCUUCCUGCUCUUUCCAAACCAAAAAAACAUUAUGAAGAACAGGAAAUGAUUCUGGAGAUAGUGGACAAUUUUUGGGGGAGGACCACUAAGGCAAAAGGGAAACUAGUUGAAAGUGCUGUCAUCACACACAUUUAUUGCUUGAGCUUUGUGAAUGGAAAUUCUGAUUGUUUUUUGACACUAAAUGACCUGGAACUUCAGAGCAGAGGUGAUGAUUACUUUGAGAAGGACACUGAGAAGAAAUGGAUUGAAAUUCUUGACUAUCACUUCCACCAGUGUGUGAAAAAACAGGAAUUUGAGCAGACAAGGAUAAUCAAAUUUAAACCACCGGAAGGCUGUAAGAUAGAGCUUAUGCGAUUUAGAACUCAGUAUAAUGGAUCUGAUCUGCCAUUUUCUGUCAAAGCCUUGGUAGUAAUUCAGGGUGCUUAUGUCGAACUGCAGGCUUUCAUAAACAUGUCCCCUUUUGCUCUGGCUUCAAUGCAAUCACAUUCCAUGAAAUACUGCGAAAAUAUUAUGGUACACUUUCCUGUUCCUCCACAGUGGAUCAAAACUCUUUGGACCAUGAACCUCCAAAGACAGAAGUCCCUGAAAGCAAAAAUGAACAGAAGAACUUGCCUUGGCUCCUUAACAGAGAUUGAAUCAGACACUGUCAUACAGGUUUCAGUUGGAACAGCCAAAUAUGAAAGUGCCUACAGAGCAAUUGUGUGGAAGAUCGACAGGCUUCCAGAUAAAAACUCAAGUCCAGAUCAUCCACACAGUUUGUCUUACAAACUAGAGCUCGGGUCGGAUCAGGAAAUCCCCUGUGACUGGAAUCCCUUUGCUACAGUGCAGUUUGCUGUCCCCGACAUGUGUGCUUCUGGAACCGAGGUGAAAUCAUUGGGCAUUGAGAGUGACAUCCAACCGCAGAAGCACGUGCUUCGGAAAGUGUGUUAUAACUGCCAGGAAUCCUCCUGUUCUGGCACAACGAACAUUCAUGGCUACUCUUUUACAGUUGGCUCAGACCAAGCAGUUGUUAGAUCCACAGUUCUUGGUUGAAAUUGAGAAGAAAUGGAUCAGGCUUGACGGUGAAGAUCCCAAUAAGUGUGGGAGUUGUCAGAUGCAAUAGAAA